AUGGCUAUUGUUAUUGCUCAACCCAACAAGUCGGACAGUUUGGACAGUUCUACCUCUGCUCCUUGUAAUCCGAACGCUCCCUCGUUCUUCAAAUAUUCGGAGCUCAUCGAAGAAGGCGACACCGUCAUCAUUUACGUAACGUUCGACUCGACUCACGCAAUUAUUGCAAAACGUGGUCUCACGCUUUGCAUGAAAUACGGUGCACUUCGACACGAGUUUGUAAUUGGAAAGCCGUGGGGAUCACGUAUUUCGGCUACAGCUGGUUAUGUGUAUGCUUUGCGCCCAACACCUGAAUUAUGGACACGUUCGUUACCACGUCGCACGCAGAUUCUUUACACGCCGGACUGUAGCCUUAUAUUGCAGCUCCUGGACGCCCGACCUGGAUCGGUAAUAUGUGAGUCCGGCACAGGAAGUGGAAGUCUGAGUCACGCUAUUGCGAUGGCUGUCGCCCCGACAGGUCAUUUAUACACCCACGACAUUGAAGAAAGCCGCACGAAAAAUGUGGAGCAGGAAUUCAAGGAGCAUGGGCUUGCUGAUGUCACAACAGCUGUCGUUCUGAACGUAUGCACGGAUGGUUUCUUUGUGACGAACGCGUGUGAUGGUGUCUUUCUCGAUGUUCCAGCUCCAUGGGAAGCGAUUCCCCAUGCCGCUGGUGCCAUAUCACGGACUCGUGGAGGAAGAUUGGUGUCAUUUAGUCCAUGUAUUGAGCAGGUCCAACGAGCUUGUGAUAUCAUGCGGCAGGUGGGAUUCGUGCAAGUGGAAACGGUUGAGAUUGUUCAUAGGACACAUAAAGUGGUAGAGCUGGCACGUCAAUCUUUGGCUGAGUUUGAGGCAUCCGGAGACUCAGCAGUCCUGCAGGGCACUCUCGUUCUGGCAGCGAUCGUGGACGAAAGAAAACUGGAGGAGGACACGUCGGAAGCUACACCUAAUACACGAGCGCUCUUCAGGCAUCCGGUUGCCCACGUGCCAGGCCGUUCGACUGCGAUUGUCUAUCCGUUUAGUCAGCCAACACAUACAGGCUAUUUGACUCAUGCCACCAUGUUGCCGAGGGACUAG